AUGUUACUGCUGUAUAGCCCUCGAAACGAAGAGUUUUCAGACCCACACGUCAUAGCAAGGGGGACCCAGAAUGCCUUGCGAAUCACCGGCAAGCUGGGAGAGCGACCCACAGAUCUGGCCUACGGAGCUCUGAUCGACGAGGCCAAACAUCUGGGCAACCUGAGCUUCAACAUCUGGAACAAGAUGAAGGACGAGGUCUCCUACUGUCCUGUGGUUCUGGACCCAAACUCUGCUGCUCCAUGGCUCGUCCUGUCUGAAGAUCUGACCAGUUCGAGACUAGGAGCGAGACAGAAGCUUCCUGACAAUCCAGAGAGGUUUGAUACUUAUGCCAUAGUCCUGGGAUCUGAGGGUUUUAACUCAGGGACUCACAGCUGGGACGUCCUGGUUGGAGACAGUACUGACUGGUCAGUGGGUGUAAGAGCAGAGUCUGAACAGAGGAAGGGAGGCGAUCUGUCUGGAACAUGGAGAAUAGGGUUCUAUGAAGGUAAAUACUCAGCACAGUCACCAUCAGGAUCAUCUGUUCUCUCUGUGCAGAAGAUCCAGAGGAUCAGAGUGAAACUGGACUGGAACAGAGGAAAACUGUCGUUCUAUGAUCCUGAUACUAACAAACACAUUCACAGCUUCAUACACACUUUCACUGAGAAGAUUUUUCCAUACUUUAGCAUUAAAGAUCCCUUGAAGCUGUUACCUGUGAAUGUCUCUGUGACGCUGGAUCAGAGCCGUUAGAGAUAAAGAUUUUAUUGAUCAUUAUUUCUUCAAGAGAAAUCUGCUGAAUGUAAAAGUUAAACUCGUUAUUCUAAAGCUUUGUUUAUUUCUCCUUUGACUUUUCCACGUGUGUAAAAAUAUUUCAUUAUUUUCUGAUCUUUAUCUUUGGUUUUAACUUUCAUGGAAAAUGUUUUCUAUUAUUUAGAUUUUGUGUGGAUCCAUGAAGUUGAGCAAACUGAUGAAGAUCCACAUAAAAACACAUUUAUCAAUAACAGCUGAUCAUUGUUCACAUUCAACAAACUUUAUUAAAACUCACACAUGAGACAUGAUUCAUGUUUAAUCACAUAAAGUCUGUUCACAUAUGAAAUAAUCCAACAUGUAUGAACAUUUGUCUGUUUGAUGUGAUGAAGCCAAAAUGAUUCUGUCUGUAAAAGUGUUUAUUCAACAGCAGCCUCGUGAUGUGAUUUUAAU